AUGAUUGUUCUGAUAAUAAUCAUGGUUCUGUCGGAUCCAAUAGACUUCAAAUUACAAGAUCCCACAGUCGGAACUACCAAUAUUACUUCUAAUAAAACAUGCUAUAUUUUCUAUUUCCCAUGCAAUAAUUAUUCGCAUUGUACAUCGUAUGAAGGAAUUUUGCCAAAAGGAAGAUAUAAAUUAGAAGUAUGGGGAGCAGAAGGUGGUAUGAUGCACUCAAUAUCAGCAGCAAAUCCUGGAAGAGGAGGAUAUGCAAAAGGAAUAAUCAAUAUAACAUCACCAACAAAAAUUUUUAUUCAUUUAGGAGGAUCUCCAUCAAGAAGAAAUGAUUCUGAAAUUAAGAUAGUAUAUGGUGGAUAUAAUGGUGGAGGAAUGAAUAUAAAUCCAGCUGGAAGUACCCAAAGUGGUGGAGGUGGAGCGACUGAUAUUCGUAUUGAAAAUAAUGAUCUUUACUCGAGAGUGAUAGUAGCAGGCGGUGGAGGUUCAGGCGGCAAAUUAUCAGAUUUUUCAAGAAACCAAGGUGGAUCUGGAGGUGGACUAAAUGGAGAAUCUGCUGAUUUUUAUGGUUUAAGUGGAGGGACACAAUACUUUCCUGGUUCAUGCAAUUAUAGGAAUCAUUCAGGUGAAUUUGGUUUUGGUGGUAAUAAUACCUUAUAUGGGGGUGGUGCAGGGGGUGGGUGGUAUGGAGGAGCUGCUGCGGAUCCUAGUUUGUAUGAAAUUGGAGGUGCUGGUGGGGGUUCUGGUUUUGUUUUUAAUUACACAUUUCAUCCAAGUUUCCAUUAUAAAUUAGAUGAAAAAUAUAUGCUUUCCAAAACAAAUUUGAUUGCUGGAAAUGAGAACUUACCUGAAUGGGAUGGAUCAUUUAAUAUUGGACAUUCUGGCCAUGGUGUUGCCAAAAUAACUUUAUUGCUUCCUCCCAAAAAAACCGAAUUCAUUGAUCCUUAUCGUGAUAGAUUUUUUCGAGUUAUUAGAACAAGAUAA